AUGGAGGCCGUGACCAAAAUGCGGAAGCUGCGCAAACGCUACCCCGACUGCGUGCCUGUAAUUUGCAUGUGUUCCAACAAUUCGAGCCAGCAGAUGAAACUGCUUAUGCGCAGUCAAACAACAGGAGCCGGAUUCGUUGCUACAGCCCGCGAGAGGUGCAAGUGGGCCACAGAAGCUAGUGAAGUCUUGCUCUGGACGUGCAGUCGCACCAUGAAAGUGCCAAAGCUGGCGACGUUGAAGGACCUUGACGCCCUUUACAAGGCACCUGAUGAUGCACUGUACUUUAAGGUUGAGGCAGCCAUUGAGACGCAGCUUGAGCAUGACCCGCGAGAACCCCAACACUUCAAAAUGGAUGGAGCAGUUCCGAAGGAGCUGAGAGCCCUUGCCACAGCCAGCAGCAAAGACGACCCAGCUGAAAAAGCCAGACGGAUUCGCAAGAUACAUCCUGAUCGCGUUCCAGUGCUCAUCAAUCAGGCCGCGACACCAGGACUGCCUGCGCUGGAGAAGAAGCUCCUCAUUCCUAUAAGUAUGACCUGUGGCAACUUGCGGAAGAUCCUGCCGAAACACAUUCACUUAGAUAAAGUUGACUGGAGCCAGGUGAUCUUUCACAUGGCUGGCGAUGAUGUUGCAGAGCACGAGCUCGUGUCAGACAUCUAUGCUCGUCGGGUGGAGCCGGAUGAUGAAGGAAUGCUGCUUUCUUUGGAGCUGAAUUCUGAGUAUGUGCAGGAGCUGUCCUCCAACGCUAGUGCUGGAGAAGCACCCACUGAGCAUGCACAGGAGGUACCGGGCUUCUCGCCACCUUCAGCUGAGGAAGUGAAAGUCCUGGAGGGUCAGCUGACCGAGAUCAAUGUCGCCUUCCGGGAGGCCCAGGAUGCUGGGAAAAUUGCUGCAGCAAAGCUAGCUGAAGAGGAGGAGCGGACCUGGACCGCUGAGGAGAAAGCCUUGAAGUCAGAUUUGGAGCUUCUGCUUCAAAGCCAGGCUUACAGAAGCCAGGAAGAGGAUCUCCAGAGCCAGAUCAUGGAGGCCAAGAAAGGCCAGGACUCCUUGGAGACCGAGGUGGUCAGUAGCGAAGAGCAAAUUCAGGCGAUGCGCUUGCAGAUUGCCAGGGUUCAGGAGAGUCUGGAGAACUUACAGAGCAAGGCCCAGAAGGACUCGGAAAGAAUGGAAGAAAUCCGGCAAAGCCUCCAAGAAGCGCGAGGCUCCUUGGUAGUUGAAGCCAAGAAGUACGACUCGGCGCAAGAAACGAUCAGCCAGUUCGAGGUGAAGUUGCAGCAAGCAGCAGAGAAGGAUAUGCAGGACACGAAAACAAUUCAACUGGAAUCUCACCGGGAAACCCUGGCAAAGGAUCGCAUCUUCGCGCUUCAAAACUCCCUUCACCAGAUUUCAGAGAAGCUAGAGAAUGUUGAUGAAGAGAAGGAAGGAAUCAUGAAGCAGCAGAAGCCGAACGAAGUGGUCAGGAAGCUGAAGGGCACAGUCAGCAUCCUCAGGGAUGCCUUGCAGUCCAAGCAGGCGGACAUCACCUCAAAGCGUCGCGAAGCCGUGGAGACCAUGCUGCGCCUCAGAACUCUGGAAGCCGAGAACAGACGACUGCAAGGGGAACUGACGAUGGCCAUAAGGGAAAACCUCAGGCUCCAGCAAGACCACGACACUGUGACUUCAGAGGUCGAAAACCUGAAAGCUCAGCUCAAGGAAGACGAGGAGUUCGUCAAGGUCUACUGGAACAGUAUCGGGGAGGUGGAAGCGGUCGUGGACUUUGGCUUCCAAAAGGUUGACACUGUUUGUGAAUGA